UUAAACACUGCAAAAAUUGAGAGACCAGCCAAGAAACUAAAAAUGGCUUCCGAAAUGUUGGAAAGUCCCAUCGGAGCCUCUGAACCAUUUUUUGGGGAACAGAACAAAGAUGGAAAUAAAACCUGGGAGGAGAUGAAACUGAUAGUGAAGGAUACAAGAAAGAUGGUAAGCUCACUAGCCAGUAAAGUGCCCUCAAAUUUCCAGUUCCGGACACAGGAAACGCCGGAUGGUCCAAUAACAAGACUAUACUUUCUUGGCAUCCCACCAAAGCAGAGAGAAUCAACCCUGAUGUAUGUCAAUGUCCCAUCAGUUCCUAUGAACAUUACACCAAUGUUACAGUGGUGCAGUCUAUUAGAAUCAUUUUCAUCUACUUUGUCCAACAAUGUACAAAUGUCGAAAGAAGAACAACUGCUGAGGGAAAGGAAAAGGCUUGGGGUAUUCGGAAUCACAUCAUAUGAGCUAACAAAUAAAGGAAAGUUGGUGUUCCCAGCAUGCAAUAGUCUGUUUUGCUGUUUUGACGAAAAUCUUGCGUUGGAGCACGUAAUGGAUCCCCAGAUCUGCCCGAACAACUCAGAUCUUGUAGCUUUUGUUAACUCCAAUGACUUGUGGGUAGUGAAUACAAAAACUGGUCAGGAAUUUGAGACUGUGUUUACUCACAAGGUUCAGGAAACCCCUAAAGAAGACCCAUACAGUUCCGGAGUGCCAUCUUUUGUUGUACAAGAAGAAUUUGACCGUUACACUGGUUAUUGGUGGGAACCGGUGAACAAUCAAUCAACAGAGAAUAAAACAUACAGGAUCUUGUUUGAGGAGGUUGACGAAUCAGAUGUUGAUAUUAUAUCGCUUCAUUCACCAAUGGAGGGCGUUGACCAGUACAGAUACCCACGGCCUGGAAAAACUAACGCCAGAAGUUGCCUGAAAAUCAUUGAAUUCUCGCUUAAUGAUAAAAAUAAGUUUAAUGAGUCAGUGUUAUGCAAAUGUUUAUACGAGUCAUUAUCUUCACUGUUUCCGUCCAUGGAAUAUUUGCUUAGAGCGGGCUGGACCCCAGAUGCUAAAUACGUCCAUUGUCAACUGCUGAAUAGGAAACAGACAAAUCUAACACUGGCACUGAUACCUUCACAAUGUUUUGUCGUAACCAAGGCAACUGAUGAUGUAGAUAUGGAGGCAAGGCAAUCUGAGAAAUAUCCCAAUAUACAUUUGAUACAUGAAGACACAUCAGAAAUAUGGGUCAAUGUACAUGAUGUAUUACACUUCCUACCCAGUGAUUCACAAAACGAGAUUAAUUUUAUUUGGAUGUCGGAAAGUUCAGGGUACCGACAUCUGUACAAAAUAUCAUCAAAGUUAACCACACAGCAAGAGCUAGGACAAUCAGAGUUGCAUGAUGAUGUAUUGAAGUGUGAAUGUUCAACAGUAACUGCAAUAACAUCAGGAGAGUGGGAAGUCUCUCCUAAAGAGGAUAAACAAAUAAAGCUAUAUUUCAGAUAUGUAACCUCAUAUGACAAAACCAGCGAGCCAGUCAGAUUAACGGAGCUAGGGUAUUCUCAUAGUGUCUCAUUCAACAAGGAACGAUCACUGUUUGUGUCAGUGUAUAGUUCUGCUAAAGUUACACCAAUGUCCACGCUAUAUCAGAUUACCCACAUAGACAACAAUGUGAGAACACAGCCUAUUGGAGUUCUAAUGCCUUCAUCACGUAAGUUUUUGAGAUUACAUACGCUAGCAUCUCAGGGCUAUGCUGUUGUUCUGAUUGAUGGGAGAGGGUCCUGGUGUAGAGGACUGAAAUUUGAAAGCCAUAUCAAAAAUAGACUGGGCACCACAGAGAUUGAGGAUCAAGUUGAAGGUUUACAAAAUUUAAUGUCCAUGGUAGAUUUUAUAGAUGAGAACAGGAUAGCAAUACAUGGCUGGUCAUAUGGUGGUUAUCUAUCAUUGAUGGGCCUUGCUCAACGUCCUGACAUAUUUAAGGUUGCAAUAGCUGGUGCCCCUGUAGUUGAUUGGCAUCUAUAUGAUACAGGCUACACGGAGAGAUAUAUGGACGUCCCUGAGAACAAUACAUAUGGAUAUCAGCAAGGAAAUGUUCUCAAUUACAUAGAUAGUUUCCCCAAUGAAGAGAACCGUUUGUUGAUAAUUCAUGGUUUGAUAGACGAGAAUGUACAUUUUCAACACAGUUGUAUAUUAGUUAAUGCCUUGAUCAAAGCCUGCAAACCUCAUCAAAUUCAGAUUUAUCCGAAUGAAAGGCAUGGAAUCAGAAACCCAGAAUCCAGUGAACAUUACAAAACCUUGUUAAUGAGUUUUCUACAAAAAAAUCUCUAGGAUUUCUUUUACAAAAAUGUCAUGUACGUGUUUUGAAUAUACAGUCCUUGUUAUGAAAUAUUUGGGAAAUAUUUUUAAAGCAGUGUUAAAUGUUCUCCAGAAUGCAGACAACAAAUCAAAAGUAAUAAUGUCUUAAAUGCAGACGAUUUUUGUCAAAUAAUGUACCAUAAUAAAUCUUGUUAAAACAUCAUGUUGCAGUCAACAAAUGGAAAAUAUACUCAGUAGCAGAUAAGCCGUGAAAAACUUCAGUUCAUAGAGGAUGACAUACAUUAUCAUAUAAUGUACAUUACCAUUAGCUAGCUUACAGAACACCAGUGCCUGGUCGUGCCUGAAAUAAUACUUAGAGGGACAUCUUGCAUCGUCCACCACCAGUGAAGCUGGAAAUUCGCCGUAUGACAUUUACAGUGUUUGGUGUGACUGGAAAACCAACCAAUCAAACAUGAAAUAAUGUUCAGUAUGAAGAAUAUGUCCCUAAGCAGACGACAUUCGUUAUUUCUGUAGAACACAACAUGUAAAACAUUACAAUGUUGCAGAAGACAUAAAAUAUUUUUCCUAAGCAGAUGACAUAUAAAAUCUUGUUCAUUAGCAGACAUACUUGUGUAUAAUUGUUUCAAGCAAGUUACUGCCUGAAACUUACUGUAACAUAUAGGAACAAGCAGAUUUUUAAUCUGAUAUAAUUUUGUUUUUGUUUAAAUGAUUGUAUAAUAUCUUCAUUCUAUUGGUUUUAACUUGUUGAAGAAGGGUCGUCUGCAAUAUAUUUGGUCAGGAUUUACAUACAAAUACCUCUUUGAAAAGUCUUGUUUGAUUUCUAACAUUAUUAAAAUUUUCAUGUACUAAAUUGAAUCCUCAGGAAAAGAUAGAUCUAAUCAUUAACUUGUGAUACAUGGAGUUAAAGGCUUGUAAGAUGUGUCAAAGGCUACAAAACUUGAGAGAGAACAGUCUUCAAAUUGUUUUACAAAAUUGGUUUAUUCUUGUCCUAUUUUUAACUUGACUAUUGGAAAGAUAGACGAGGUGUAAGUUGUACUCACCUAGGCAUCGGCACCAUACUUAAAUUUUGAGUGCAUGUUGGUAUCUCCAAAAUUACUGAAGGGAAUGGGUUGAAACAUCACAUACUUAUUUCAGAUCAUAAUAGGUCACUGUCCAAGGCCAAUAACACUUACAUGGAUUUUGACAGGAUUAUGGCUAUUUUUGAACCUUAUAUUUCUACAUUAUUAAGGUUCUUGUUUCACUACCAAGCAUUGAGAAUUAUAUCAAAAGUUAAGCGUGUUGUCCUAGUUACAGCUCUUGUUUAUGAUUUGAUUUUGACCAGUGGGGAGAUUUGGGUUUUUUUUAUUUGUCUAGGUAACCAAAUAUUUAAUGUGAGGUUGUUUGAUUGGUUCAUAAAAUACUUAUUCAUUAUAAUUUGCAACUCAACUUCAUUACCAUAUAGAUACACAGUUAGUUGCAUUAGAUUAGAGUUUGUAAUGAACCAUGGCAUCUGAUUGGUUGAAGUUCAAAAUUUGAAUUUUAAACUUACCAAUGAAACAAGUUCAUUACAGACCUCAUAAACUGCUUUCACAAAAGUUUAGGACCAUAAUAAUGUAGGGGUGAUUGUGAAUAGUUUAAAGUUAAAAGAUUUAUUAUCAAUUACCAUUGACAAUAUGCAGUAAAAUAAUUAACUGCUUGAGAUUUUUUAUGUUGCUUUUUGUUGUUGUUAUUGUUGUUGUUUGCUCACUAGAGCACAAAGUGCUUAGCUUUAAGGAUUGCUGACUGUCUGUAAACAAAGUAUUAUUGAACACUUAUUUUUUUUUUAGUUAAAGUAACAUUACAAAUUAUGACCAUUACCAGUUAAUACCUUCUGUAAUCAUCUUCUAUUUAUCACGGGUCUUACAAAUAUUUGAAAGACCCUGAUUUCUCACAGAUUUUUUAUAUUUUAAAUAAGUCAGUGUUCAAUUGUUUUGGUAACAAUCACAAACAAAAUAAAAAUUAGAAUAACUUUGACCAUUUUUCUUUCAAAUAAUUUGAUAUG